CAAGAGGCACAGCAGCACUAGCAACAGCAGAGCAGGAGCAGCUGGUAUUCCGGUGAUUAAAUAGUUCUCAUAGCCUUUUUGCUGUACUCGGUCUGCUCCCUGGUGUAAUUCUCGUGUCCAAGAAGGAAGCUGCAUUUUAACGGUGUGCUGAACAGAGGUUUGAAUCAUUCCAGCUGGCUGCUUGUUUUGAAAAGGACAAUGUGUGUAUAAAUAAAAGGACUCUGCUGGAAGAGUUCAGACACUAAGACUGGAGCUAGAGAGUGCUCUUGGAAUAUUGUUGAGGCAGAUUGCAUGAACUGAAAGCUCCUUCUAAUUAACCUGGAGCCAAGUGAAUCUGAAUACUGGAUAUCUCAUGUUCUAACACGGGAUAAAUUCAAGUUAGAAAAAGACAAAAGUAUUGAAAUGCUUCUCUAGAUUAUGCUUAGAGGAUUCCGCAGCAAUUCUCGGUACUGGACAUAUUCAAAAUCUCCUCAACUUAUAUCCUCCCCAUCUAUUGCCUUCCAGCUUUAACUCAGUUGUGCUCCCUUCAAACAUUUUACAUGAUUUGCAAUGGUUACAUGAACUCUGGGGAAGUGAUAUUUGCAACAUCUCAUACUUUAUUCACUAUGGCACUUUAGGAAACGAAACUGGGAAAAAGCUUCCAAAACAUUAUUUUAAAAAAUGAAUCUUAUUGUGAAACUUCGGAGAAGUUUUCGAACAUUGAUUGUUCUCUUAGCUACCUUUUGCUUGGUGAGCAUUGUCAUUUCUGCCUAUUUUCUCUACUCUGGCUACAAACAGGAAAUGACACUUAUUGAAACCACUGCAGAAGCAGAAUGCACUGACAUCAAAAUUCUACCAUAUCGGUCAAUGGAGCUGAAAACAGUUAAACCUAUAGAUACAUCCAAAACUGACCCUACUGUCCUUCUCUUUGUGGAGAGCCAAUACUCUCAACUCGGUCAAGAUAUCAUAGCUAUUUUGGAGUCCAGCCGAUUUCAGUACCACAUGGUUAUUGCCCCUGGAAAGGGAGAUAUACCUCCUCUUACAGAUAAUGGCAAAGGGAAAUAUACUUUAGUCAUUUAUGAAAAUAUUCUGAAGUAUGUCAGUAUGGACUCAUGGAAUCGAGAGCUUUUAGAAAAAUACUGUGUGGAAUACAGUGUUAGUAUAAUCGGUUUUCAUAAAGCCAAUGAGAACAGCUUACCAAGUACACGAUUAAAAGGCUUUCCGUUAAACCUUUUCAAUAAUCUAGCUCUAAAGGACUGUUUUGUUAACCCUCAAUCUCCUUUGCUGCAUAUUACCAAAGCCCCCAAGGUUGAGAAAGGCCCUCUUCCUGGGGAAGACUGGACUAUUUUCCAAUAUAAUCAUUCAACCUACCAGCCUGUACUUUUAACUGAAUUACAGACAGAAAAAUCCCUUUCAUCCUUGUCUAGCAAAACACUCUUUGCAACGGUGAUUCAGGAUCUGGGGCUUCAUGAUGGAAUUCAGCGAGUACUUUUUGGCAACAACUUGAACUUUUGGCUGCACAAGCUCAUCUUCAUAGAUGCCAUCUCCUUCUUGUCAGGGAAGAGGCUGACAUUGUCCUUGGACAGGUACAUCCUUGUGGACAUUGAUGAUAUAUUUGUUGGGAAAGAGGGAACAAGGAUGAAUGUCAAAGAUGUGAAGGCAUUACUAGAGACUCAAAAUUUACUGCGCACUCAGGUUGCAAAUUUUACCUUCAACCUUGGAUUUUCAGGGAAGUUUUACCACACAGGGACUGAAGAGGAAGAUGAAGGAGAUGACCUUUUACUUCGGUCUGUGGAUGAGUUCUGGUGGUUUCCUCACAUGUGGAGCCACAUGCAGCCCCACCUCUUCCACAAUGAGUCAUCUUUAGUAGAGCAGAUGAUUCUCAACAAGGAAUUUGCACUGGAACAUGGAAUACCAAUCAACAUGGGCUAUGCUGUGGCCCCACAUCACUCAGGGGUCUACCCGGUUCACAUUCAGCUGUAUGCAGCUUGGAAGAAGGUCUGGGGUAUUCAAGUCACCAGCACUGAAGAAUAUCCACAUCUGAAACCUGCCCGGUACAGAAAGGGCUUCAUUCACAAUAGCAUCAUGGUCCUCCCUCGACAGACUUGUGGGUUGUUCACUCACACUAUUUUCUACAAAGAAUAUCCAGGAGGACCCCAAGAACUGGAUAAAAGUAUCAGAGGAGGUGAACUUUUUCUCACAAUCCUUCUAAACCCAAUCAGCAUUUUCAUGACCCAUUUAUCAAACUAUGGAAAUGACCGCCUAGGGUUAUAUACCUUUGUGAACUUGGCUGACUUUGUGCAGAGCUGGACCAACCUGAAAUUGCAAACUCUGCCUCCAGUGCAACUGGCCCACAAGUAUUUUGAGCUCUUCCCUGAGCAGAAAGACCCUCUAUGGCAGAAUCCAUGUGAUGAUAAACGACACAAAGACAUCUGGUCCAGAGAGAAAACUUGUGACCACUUACCAAAAUUUCUAGUAAUUGGUCCACAAAAAACAGGAACAACUGCACUUUAUUUAUUUCUUCUUAUGCAUCCUUCAAUCAUCAGCAAUCUCCCUAGUCCAAAGACAUUUGAGGAAGUUCAGUUCUUUAAUGGCAACAACUAUCACAAAGGAAUAGACUGGUAUAUGGACUUUUUCCCUACACCAUCCAAUACUACAAGUGACUUUCUGUUUGAAAAGAGUGCUAAUUACUUCCAUUCGGAAGAAGCUCCCAAACGAGCUGCAUCUCUUGUCCCCAAAGCCAAGAUCAUCACCAUCCUCAUUGACCCCUCAGACAGGGCAUACUCUUGGUACCAGCACCAACGAUCACAUGAAGAUCCAGCUGCUCUGAGGUUCAAUUUCUAUGAAGUUAUUUCAACAGGACAUUGGGCUCCAUCUGACUUAAAAACUUUGCAGAGAAGAUGCCUAGUACCUGGAUGGUAUGCAGUCCACAUAGAAAGAUGGCUAACUUACUUUUCUACUUCUCAGUUGCUAAUUAUUGAUGGACAGCAGCUGAGAUCUGACCCAGCUACUGUGAUGGAUGAAGUCCAGAAGUUUCUGGGAGUUACACCUCAUUAUAAUUACUCUGAAGCACUAACGUUUGAUCCCCAAAAGGGUUUUUGGUGUCAAUUACUGGAAGGAGGAAAGACAAAAUGUCUUGGAAAAAGCAAAGGCCGAAAAUAUCCACCUAUGGAUCCAGAGUCUAGAACUUUCCUCUCUAAUUACUACCGAGAUCAUAAUGUGGAACUAUCCAAACUGCUACACAGACUGGGACAGCCUCUGCCAUCAUGGCUGAGACAGGAACUGCAGAAAGUGAGAUAGCACUGGAGACAAGAACCAAGCCUCUCAAGAUACUUUUAGUGUUAAAAAAAAAAAAAAAAUCCACCUUUAUUCUCAAGCACUUGUGAUUCUCAACAAAGAACUGUGUGAAUAAAUUUCCUUCAGCCUUUUUCAUAAAAUGAAAACUGUUGUAUAUGCACGCAUUGACAAUUACUAGCAUCAAUCCCUGUGUAAGCUUUUGGGAGAUUAUGUGGGGGUUUGUGGCAUUAUCCAGUUUCUAGUGUAUAGAUCAUAGCACAGCCCAGUUCCUAUGUUAAGCAUAAGGUUUCAGAUACUCUAUGGAUGACUGAUAAUCUGGAUUAUAUACAAGUGACCAGUUAAAAUUUUAAGGAAAAACUAAGUAAAUGAGGUUAGUCGUAACUCAAUAUUUGAAUUAAGGGCUAACAUUUUCCCCUUGAGAAUUUAAAAACAAUUUUGCUUUUAUUAUGAGAGGGAAUUAUGUAACCCCAUACUCUUAUUUGUGAGUAAUUACUCUUUAUUAUAUCAGCCCACAUAUUUUCUUUCUGCAGUGACUCCUCUUUAAUAAUUUCUUGACUUGCUAAAGAAGUUGUGAAGUUAUAGCUUCCCAUGUUUUUUGUUUGUUUUCCUCCUGUAAGAGGGGACUACGUGAAAGCUUCCAUAUUCACUGAUAUUAUUUUAUCUGGCAGCACAUGCCUUUCCCAGUGAAUUUGUCAUUAUGAUUCCAGCAAAAUCUGUUAAAGUUUUUGGGGAAGAAAAAGAGUAUGAAGCUGCAUAAUACCACUAUUAAGUCUAAGGCCAUCUUUAAGUCUGUCCAGAAUCUUACUAUACUAAUAAUCUAGAUAUUUCCACCUUGACAACAAUAUAGUAUUUAUAUAUUUUUCACUGUCUGAGGUAGAAGUAAAGCUUUAUUGAUAAAAAUACGGAAUGAAAACACCAAGGUGUGUUUGCAUAUAUAGUGAGGCAGUGUGCCUUCUACGUAGUAUAUGUCAAUCUUUUUAAAGCAUGGAUUUUUCAUAUAUGCCAGUAUGUCUACUAUUGUAGAAGAUUAUGUUUUUAAUGCCAAUUAAAAAAAAUAAGUAUAAUCCAAAUCUUACCUCUUCAAACAUCACUAAUUCUCUAACCUAACCCCAAUUUGUCAGCCACGCCACCCAAAUGUUAAUUUCUGGAGAAGGGAUGUUCUUUCUGUCUUAGAGUUAUAGGUUCUUUUCUUAUUUGGAGGUUAUUGUAAGGCUAGUUGGAUUUUUAUCUCAUUU